GAACUGAUUUAUCGCUCGGGCGCCGCAGCAAGGAAUGGAUUCGUGCCCGAGGACGAGGCCGACUACAAACACCACGUGACUAAGGGCGACUCCCCGGAUGUAGGAGGGGGCGGGGCAACAACUCGUCCGCCUUUCACAAAUCCUCGAAGCGGUUUAAUCUCUCAGGAUAAAAAGCUCUUAUCUCUCGUUCACUCCUUUGGCAGGAAUGACGAGGACGUGGAGUUAUUUUUGACGCUAAGAACGGAAUAUGAGAAUAACAAGUUGUUUCUGGGGAUAAAAGGUGAGAAGGCGUCCCCGGAAAAAUAUAAAAGCGGUUUAGCUAGUGGGCCUCGUGGCGUCGUCCCUUUGGUCCACUUACCUGUUGGCCCCGACGAAAAUACGAGAGGCAGAUUAACAAACUCCGAAAAUAAAAAGAAUAAUUUAAAGACGGGCGUGUCAGAUGAAGGGCGUCGCAGCUCUUAUUACAGUGGCAUUGCCCGCGGAGCGCCCGAGAAUUACCCGCCGGCACAGUCCCGAAAUAAUUACCCUCAUAUGAAAAAAUAUGUACCGGUUGUCCCUAACGAACACACACGCGUAGAUUUCAAGAGUCAUCGUACCUCCGCCAGCGGGGAUAAUGAGCGAGGGUUAAUGACGCAGAACAAAGAACAAAGUCCCUUUCUGGAUAACGCCUUGUCUCCUUCGCUCACUGUCGAACCAGAAAAAAUAAAGCACAGACGCGAAGACCAAGAAAGAGGAAAAGAACACGAGAUAAAAGACAAAAGCCUUACUCCGGGCGUGAACUCCGGUAAGCGAAGGGCCGGCGUGGUCAGCGCACCCCCGAGGCAGAAGGGCGUAGGAGACGGCCACUCAACUAGAGAGUCGUCUGUCCCUAACGACGACCAAGCGCAAUUGUCAAGAGAUAACGACCCGGGAAUAAUGAGUGGGAAGCGAGCUUUUCAUGACGCCGAGUUCAAAGGCCUCCGCGGCGAUCUGGGGGAACGGAGAGAGAUAAGGAGAAUCGCGUCGCACGCCACUGGGCGGCCGAGCUCGGUGUGGGGGACCCGGGCCGCGGAGAUCAGGCGGAGUUACGAUUCCCAGUACAAGAUUCCCAUGCGUUUCCAUCACUCCGGAGGUAAUUAUUCUGUGGGCUAUAAAGGUAGAGUCAUUCCCGUAAGUAACAGUCUGAAAAUGGAUGAUUAUUUUCAAAGUUUGCCAAAAUUUCCAAAAAAGCAGCCAAGGACAUUUAAAAGUAUGUUGGUAAAAUCUCAGAACUUAGGUAGCCCAGUCAUUCAGACCCGUCAUUGGGAAUUAGAAAACUUUAGACGACAUUAUUCAAAAAAUUCCAAAAAUACGAGAAACUCUUCUAUUUUGGGGAGCGAUGGUCCAGCGGUGGAAAUCAAUGCAGAUGCGCUCUUUCGAAGAUUUCUCUUUAGCUUUCAAAAUCUCCACGACUCGAAAGAUUCGGAUUUGAGAAAUCAUCAGAGUUCCCUGUCUAAUUCCCCCAUAUUUCGAGACAAUGGUCCAGACCCUGAAGCCGAUCAGCCAAUCCCAGACAAUCCCUCCGGCCAUCAAGACAAUCAACCAGACCCGAAGAAGACGCGAAACAACGGCUCGCUCAACGAAGACAAUCAAGGGAAGGCCUCGAGGUCACGGAGAGAAAAUGGAGGGCCUCGAGAAACUGUCAAGAGUGGUCGAGAAACUGGCAAAAGUGGUCGAGCAACUGCCAAGAGUGGUCGAGAAACUGGCAAAAGUGGUCGAGCAACUGCCAAGAGUGGUCGAGAAACUGGCAAAAGUGGUCGAACAACUGCCAAAAGUGGUCGAGAAACUGGUAAUGGUGGUCGAGAAACUGGCAAAAGUGAUCGAGAAGUUGCCCAAAUUGUAAAGGCGAAAGAACUAAAAAAAUUCGAUCCAGUUUUCGUCGACUCCCAAAGAGAUUCUCCAAACCUACAAAGGCAAAAGCAAAAUACCGACCGCAGUCAACCGAGCUACGGCCUCGAAAAUCGACCUUCGAAUCCCGAAUCCGCGACCCUGUUCGCCCAAUCCGGAACCACAAACCCUUCAGACAACAUUACUAAUCGUCGCCAAGCACACGCUUUAAGGACCCCCAAACGCAGUCCCGCUAACCCACAAAAAAAACCCCUAACCGAUCCCCUCCCGAAAGCCCGACCGGCAGGCCAGGAGGACGAGGCUUCGGGUGACACUUUAUGGCCCAUUAUAAACACUGGUCUUCGGCAGAAGAAGGCUGUAGUGCGUCCAGUGAAGUUCUCUGAAGAACGGGGCUUUCUUUCAGACGUACAGAGUGGUGUUCCUUCCGCCGGUUUGACCUUCUUUGACCUUGUUUGGUCCUCUGAUCCUCCCUCACCCUUGACCUAUUCUCUGAAAGACCAAACUUCAUCCAUGACUUUAUUCAGCGAACCCUUUCAUCACAACCUGACCUUGUCUGUCGAACCUCCCGCUCCUCUCAUAUCCUCUCGUGACCUCUCUUCAACCUCCAGUGCCACUUUGACUUCUAAGGCCCCGUCUCGCGUCGUGCCAAUCCUUGGGCUCUUUGACCUGACAGCUCGACCUGACCAGCACUUAGGAGGAAGGUCGGAGCUUGCCGCAGCACAACUUGCCUUAAGGCACAUCAAUGACAAGGGGAUCAUACCAGGUCAUGAACUGGUUCUGUUUACGAACGACACACAUUGUGACAGUGGCAAGGGUGUCGACGCCUUCUUCCACGCCAUCUACACUUCAAGGGCAAGGAUAAUGUUCCUUUUGGGCGCCGCUUGUCCCGAGGUCACGGAGAGCUUGGCUUCCGUGGUUCCUUACUGGAAUAUCGUUCAGGUAUCCUUCGGUUCGGUAUCACCUGCUCUCAGUGACAGACAAACAUUCCCGCGAUUCAUCAGGACCGUCGCCCCGGACUCCUCCCACAACGCGGCAAGGUUGGCAUUCCUGACCCGGCACGCCUGGUCCACGGUUGCCACCAUCUCCGAAGAUCACGAUAUGUACACGCUGGCUCUGAACGAGUUGGUGCCCGCGCUGGAAUCUGCCAACAUCUCACUACAAGCUACAGUGACUCUGUCUUCGGAAGAUCUGACUGAACAUUUGCACACUCUUAAGGAAAAAGAUUGCAGGAUUUUCAUCGCCAGUUUUUCCCCUGAACUGGCAAGGAAAGUCUUUUGUCAAGUUUACCACCUACGCAUGCAGGGUCCUGGUUAUGCCUGGGUGCUGUCCGGAGAAGCACAGGACAGCUGGUGGAAAACGACGCAAGGAACCAACUGCACCAGGAACCAGCUGGCAGAAGCGGUUCAGGGGGCGGUGCUAGUUACGGCGCACGGUUCCAUUGUGGGAGAGGAGGAGGCUGUAUCUGGACUGACGAACACCGAGUUCUUGCAAGAGUUCAACCAAACAGGACAGAACAUGACUAGUUAUGUCACCCACACAUACGACGCUGUUUGGGCCAUGGCGCUCGCCCUCCGUCAGAUCCUCGAGGACAAAGACGAGGUAGAGGUCAAAGGAAGGGCCAAGGGGGAAGCGAAGCGGGGUCAGAGGAGGUCGACCCACAGGCGUCACUCCCCUGCGAAAAGAGAGGUCACCAGUCACCAGGAAAAGGUCACGGGCAUGAGCCAGUGCAGCUCGACGUCUCAGAAGGAGGACAGCACCGAGAAACCGACCAUGUCUUGGAUCUUGAGCCGUCUCGCCAAGUUACAGCAGUUUCCCCUCGACCCUCAUAGAAAAUGGAAAUCGCAAAGAAAACCGAGCCAUAGAGAACCAGGAGGCGAGGACAGCGCUAACGGGAUUUUCGAGACAGAUUUCCGACGAUUCCAGUUCGCCGAUUUUGACUAUUCCAGGGAUGAUAUUGCCGAUCUAAUCCUGGAGAGGAUGCAAGAGCUCAGAUUUCGCGGUGUGUCGGGGCCAAUUUCCUUCGACUGCCCAGACCGAGUCGGGGUGACUGCCUUCUAUCAGAUACAAGGGGGAGCGCCGGUGAAAGUGGCCCUCUACCACCCCGAAGGCGAGUCGCUGGAUCUGUCGUGCCCAGGGUGCCAUGCCCUCGUGUGGCCCGGGGGAGAAGUGCCAGCCUCGCGGGUCUUCAAGCUUCGGGUGGAGACGGUCGACCCCGCGGCCUUCAUCCUCAUGUCCUCCCUGGCCACACUGGGGAUCCUCAUGGCGCUGGCUUUCCUGGCGUUUAACCUGACCCACAGGCGCCUGAAGUACAUAAAGCUCUCCAGUCCUCGGCUCAACAACACGACCGUCGUGGGCAGCGUCCUGGUCUACACUGCCGUCAUCCUCCUCGGCCUGGACCACGCCACGCUGCCGUCGCCGCAUUACUUCCCCGUCGUGUGCACGGCCCGGGCUUACCUCCUCUCGGCUGGCUUUUCCCUGGCUUUCGGCUCCAUGUUCACCAAGACGUACCGAGUCCACCAGAUCUUCACCCGUUCUAACAGCGCCGGGGUUGUUAAGAACAAGCUGUUGAAGGACAGACAGCUGAUCGGCGUCAUCAUGGUGCUGCUAGUCGUCGACAUCAUAAUCGUGUCCGCGUGGAUGGGAGUCGACCCCAUGACUCGACAUUUGCACAACCUCACUCUCGAGGAACAUAGGGAAGUUGUUUUUCAACCGCAGCGCAGCGAACAUACGAGCGAAUGGCUUGGUGCUCUGUACGUCUACAAGGGUCUGCUGGUGUCUGUGGGUGUCUACAUGGCCUGGGAAACUAGGCACGUCAAGAUUCCCGCACUCAACGACUCACAAUACAUAGGCAUGAGUGUGUACAACGUUGUUAUUACGUCUAUUAUUGUCAUUGUUGCCGCGAACGUCUUGGGAGAAAGGACGACACUCGCCUACGUCAUCAUAACGACCCUGGUGUUCGUGUCGACGACUACGACGCUUUGCCUGCUGUUUAUCCCGAAGAUUUUGACAAUUUUGAGGAAAGUUGAAGAAGAUCCCAUUGUGGAGAGCAUGGGACUCAAGAUUCAGUCAAACACACGCAGGCUGCUGACGGAGGACAAGCGAGAAAGGUUCUACCGCGUGGAGAUCCAGAACAAAGUCUACAAGAGAGAACUUCUGAAGUUGGAACAAGAACUUCAGAAGCUUGUCCUU